CCGGUUGCCUGGCGGGGCCCCGUCGCUUUCCCGUGCCUUAGGGACGAGUUCUUCGCUCGCUCGCUCCUCCACCUGGGCGCGUGCGCGCGUCAGCUCGCUUGCUGCAGGAUCUGUUCUCUCUUCGGCCUGGGGAGGGGGAGUGGGUCCCUUUCACGCGUCGCUCCUUCGAGCAGCCGCCCGGCUCAGCCGCUCUAGCCCAAGGACAAGAGAGGGCUGCUGGUGGCCAGACCGCUUCCUGCUUCGAAGCACCGGCCGCUCCCUACGGGGAACGGACGCGGACUUCUGCGGGCCUGGAGCAUUCGGCUGUUUGAUCCACCGGCCCUCAGUGCUGCUGUCAUGGACACACACCAGAAUGGAACAGGUUAUGUACUUUAAAAGGAGCUGCUCUUCCUCACAAUACGUGCAUUUAAACCUGCUACUUUGAUUGAUACAUGGGAAUAACAAUUCUUGGGUUUUAAUUUCCAUUCGCUUCACAUUUUAAUGUUAUUGUUGAAGCUUUAGCCUUCUGCCAAGAAGUGCAGAGGAAGAUCUGAGCUGAACAAAUGGCGGCACAGUGUGUGACAAAGGUGGAGCUGACUAUUGCCUGCACCAAUCUAUUGGAUAAAGAUGUUGGUUCCAAGUCAGACCCACUGUGUGUGCUUCUCCAGAACACGAGUGGUCAGCAGUGGUAUGAGGUUGAUCGCACAGAAAGAGUUAAGAAUUCCUUGAACCCAAAGUUUUCCAAGAAGUUCUUAAUUGAUUACUAUUUUGAGCUUGUUCAGAAACUUAAAUUUGGAAUAUAUGACAUCGAUAACAAAACCUUUGAUCUGAGUGAUGAUGACUUCUUAGGAGAAUUUGAAUGUACACUGGGCCAAAUAGUUUCUAGCAGGACUGUAACAAAACCAUUAGUACUGAAAAAUGGCAGACCUGCUGGAAAAGGAAGCAUUACGAUUACAGCAGAAGAAGUGAAGGAUAACAGGGUGGUUGUAUUGGAAGUAGAAGCAAGGAAAUUAGACAAUAAGGAUUUUUUUGGAAAGUCAGAUCCUUAUCUGGAAUUCCACAAGCAGACUGGAGAUGGAAACUGGGUGAUGGUUCACAGAACAGAGGUUAUUAAAAACAACCUGAAUCCUGUUUGGAGGCCCUUCAAAAUCUCUCUCAAUUCUCUGUGUUACAGUGACAUGGAUAAGACAAUCAAGGUUGAAUGCUACGACUAUGAUAGUGAUGGGUCUCACGAUCUCAUAGGAAGUUUUCAAACAACCAUGUCAAAACUGAAGGAAGCAUCACGGUCCUCACCUGUUGAAUUUGAGUGCAUCAAUGAAAAAAAAAGGCAGAAGAAAAAAAGCUAUAAGAACUCUGGCAUCGUGAGUGUUAAGCACUGUGAGAUCAUAGUAGAAUGCACGUUCCUUGAUUACAUCAUGGGUGGCUGCCAGAUUAAUUUCACAGUGGGAAUAGAUUUUACAGGUUCCAAUGGAGAUCCUCGCUCUCCAGACUCACUACAUUACCUCAGCCCUAAUGGAGUUAAUGAAUACCUAACAGCCAUUUGGUCUGUAGGAAUGGUCAUUCAGGAUUAUGAUACAGAUAAGAUGUUUCCAGCCUUUGGAUUUGGUGCACAAAUUCCUCCUUCCUUUCAGGUGUCACAUGAGUUCCCAAUAAAUUUUAACCCAUCAAACCCAUUCUGUAAUGGAAUCCAAGGCAUUGUUGAUGCAUAUCGGGCUUGUCUUCCUCAAGUGAAGUUAUAUGGGCCAACAAAUUUUUCUCCAAUUAUAAAUCAUGUGGCAAGGUUUGCUGCAGCAGCUACACAACAGCAAACAGCAUCUCAAUACUUUAUACUUCUAAUUAUAACGGAUGGUGUGAUAACAGACCUCGAUCAGACACGAACUGCCAUAGUUAAUGCUUCAAAAUUGCCCAUGUCCAUCAUCAUUGUUGGUGUUGGAGGAGCAGACUUUGAUGCUAUGGAGUUUCUUGAUGGUGACAAUGGAGUUCUUAGAUCCUCUUCAGGAGAACCAGCUGUCAGAGACAUUGUCCAGUUUGUGCCAUUCAGGAAGUUCCAAAAUUCUCCAAAAGAAGCACUGGCGCAGUGUGUCCUGGCAGAAGUCCCUCAGCAAGUGGUGAACUACUUCAGCACCUACAAGCUGCAACCUCCAAAGAAUCCUGCUGCAAAGUGAAUGGGCUGAGCAGGGGAAAUGAGACUUGUGCCUGCUUUACUUUUACUGUAUCUACAGACUUUGGUUCUCAAGAUACUUCUUUAUACAUGGAUACACGCUCCUCUGUAUGGUAAACGUCUGUUAGUUUUUGCCUGCAAAUCACUUUGCCAAGUGUGCCUUUAGGGGACAAAAUCAUAAUAUUUCAUGUUGAUUUGAAUGAUAGGGCUUGCAUGGAUGCAUUUUAGUUUGAAAAGUAAGAGUGGGGAAAAAAAAGAGGUUGAACAUGCAGCGAGGAGGAGGAGAAUGGCUGGAAGUGGAAAAAAUGGCUGCCUGAUAAAUAAAUACGGUAAAUGGGAAUAUUCAGUUACUUUUGCGGGGAUCUUCACUGAGGACCCCAGUUUCUCGGUGAUCAUAAAACCAGCCUGAAAUGAACAGGAGAAUGUAAUCUGGAAUAACUUCAGGCUUCUGUGUCUCUUGAGCCACCAUAAAAAAAUUCUGUCAUGAGAGUUCCAUAAUGCAGUAAGUGCCAAAACAGAGCAUAAGGAUCCUCCUUGCGUGCCUGCAUCAUGUUUGCCACUUCAGUGCCUUUGGCCAGUGCCUAGAAUUCGGAGCUGUGUGAACAUGAGUCAAACAAGUCAUUAAAGUAUGUAUUUUACAAUAUGCAUUCUCUUAAGGUAGCACAGGAAUAACGAGAGUGAAUCGAGGUAAGUCUUUAACAUCUCGGAAAAAUAGUAUUGGCCUUCUGGGCUACUGCUGGAAAGGCUGUAAGAUGUGUUUUAGUGUGCACGAAUAUGGGAACUCCAGAUGUUAUUUUGUUUGGGACUUUGUUUUGGUUUUGUGGUUUGGUUAUUGGUGGGUUUUUUUCCCACUCACAUAAAAGUCACUCCUAUUGAUCUUUAAAGGGCUUUUUGUGAAGUGGGAUUGACUUUUUAGUUAAAAAGUUUUAUCUUCUUUCAAGCAAAGACAGAUCUUGAAAGUGCUACCUGUAUUGGUUUUGUCAUAUUUUGAAUUAUACUGCUUUUUCAUGAGCCUACUAAUGAAAAGUGCCUGCAAAAAACCCACUCUUCCCUCUCCCCUCUUAUUAGGAAGACAUAAGAAAGACUCUGACUUCGAAUCCUGUGGUCAUACUGUGUUUCUCUAUGGCAAACAAUUUCUGGUUUAUUUUCUUGGCUUGGGUUUUCUUCUCAAUGUUUGUCAACUGUAAAUCAUGUUGUGUUUGCUUAGUUGACAGAUGAAGCUUCCUUGUCUCCCAGUUGUGUAGUGCUUGCUGAGGAUCUCUUCUGAUCCUCUUGGUGCAUAUAAUGUUAAGUGGAUAUAAAGGACUCGUUUAUCACUUCCAAAAUGCCCAUCUUGAACAUUAAUUUUGCAGUUUCACAUUCAGAGUGGUUUAGAGUUACACAUCUGACUGAUCUGAUUUUGGGUGGCGUUAUGUGUAAGAACUGAAUGGACCAACAGUCAAUUUAUCAUACUUGAAUGCUCAAGAUUGCACAAGAUCAUAGUGUAUGUGACUUUAUAUGUGACUCUUCUUUUAGUCAUUGGAGCUGCCAUUGUGUGUUUUGUUUUGGAUUUUUUUCAUAUGUGUCUAAUCCAGUCAAAAAUAUGUAUUGAGAAUGUAUAACACGUCCUGUAAAACUAACUGUAUGUUUUGUAGACAGUUGACUAGUUACCAGCCGUGAAUUAAUAUGUUACUCUUAAAAUCACGGAAUCAUAGAAUCAUGCAAGGGGAUCCUAAGCAGUCACUGUAGUGGAAUACCAAGGAAGUUUUGUUUCAUAUUAAGCCAAGCUCUUUAUUUCUAAAAAUAUAGUCCCUGUGUUUGUAUAAAAAUCUAGUCACCAUUUUAUCGUGUAGUGCUAAUGUGUUACUAAAUUAUAAUACAUAAAUUAUUAGGAAUUAUAAUUAUUAUAAAGUAUAAUAUACAUAUCAGAUAUCCAGCACAAAAUAUUAAGAUCAAGGAUGUAGUUAAUAAUGAACCCAAAUCACAUUGAUGCAAGUUGAUGCUAUAUGAUUUUGGAACAGUAAACUGUUACACAGAUACAUAUUCCAUGUACAGAAGUAACUGGAUGCAGUGUAGUAGUGUUUUGUUUGGAUUUGUUGAAGUGGACAAGUGCUAACAAUGGGAGUACAACAUAAUACUGAAGUUUCUCUGAGCUAUCUGCCAAAAAUACAAUGACACAUCUAAGUUUUGUUGCCAAUUCCGGUUUAAGUUUCCGUGGAAGUACAUUUAAAUGCAUUUAAGUACAUUAAUAGGUAUUAUUAUUAUAAAUAUCUGCUGCAUUUAAGAUAAAACUUUUCAUUUCAUCUGUAUUCUGUAUGUAGAUUCUGAGUCUCUCCAGUAGAGAAUCCAUUCUCUCUUGGAAAUGUGCCUCUGUAUUCCUCAAGCUUAGGGAAUUAAAUAGCAUACUUCUCACUGAGCCCUAUUCUGCGUAAAAGAAAAAUGUUCCAGACCUGAGCAUGACAAGAGCUGUUUCUCAGGUUUAACUUUUAUCUCAGAGGUUUACUGCUAGCAUCUCUUAAAAGGUUUAGAAACUUCGAAGACUGAAUCAAUAUUGUGAGUCAAGGAGUGCAGCAGCUUGUGAUUCAGAGGGAUGGGAGUUACUGUGUUGUUUUGCCAUUUUUUGUUUAUUUUUACAUGUAAGAAAUGCCUUAUUAACUUGAGGAUGACAAAGCAAAAUAUUGUCAAAGUUUUGUAGAGUAUGCUUGUAGGUCACUUGCACCACCUUGUGAUAAAAAUUAUGUAUAGCAGUCUUCAUAAUCAGAUUCUUUUUGCCUUAUAAGUCAUAAUAUAUACAUAUGUACAGCAGAGAAGUAACCUGUACCUAGAAUUUUUUACUUUCCUAUGUAUUUUGGUUCAGAUGAAGUUAACUGACUUACAAUGCUUAUGCAUCAAAAUAAAAUUUCA